CCGCGGGGUCGUGGGCCCUGCGCGCUGCCGCGCUCUCGAUAGUCCGGGAGGGCAGAGCGGCCCCUCGGUUGCCAUGGCUUCUCACUUCGGCCGCGGGAGAGGAGCAGGCCGGCUAGGCGCGCGCUAGUUUCGGCGGCGACGCGCAGCGGGACAGCGGAAGGAACGCGCGCGUUGUGUCCGGGAGCCAGGGGCGGAACGCUGGGGAGCCAGGAGCCGCGGAGGCGGAGGGAGCGGGGCCAGCGUUUUCCUCCCGAUUGCUGAGCGUAGCUCCUCACCCAAGCCCACUCCCACGCUCUUGAGGGUUCAGAACCACUGGUGUGGGGUUUGGAGUCAGGCAGCGAUGGAUUUGAAUCCCAGCACCUCCGCUUAUCACCUGUGUGACCUUGGGCAAGUGACUUAACCUCUCCCGGCCAUAUUUUCAUCAUUUAUAAAAGCGAGCAGCCGCAGUGUGGAAGAAUGGCAGUGAGCCACUCAGUGAAGGAGCGGACCAUCUCCGAGAACAGCCUGAUCAUCCUGCUGCAGGGCCUCCAGGGCCAGGUCACCACCGUGGACCUGCGGGAUGAGAGCAUGGCCCGCGGACGCAUAGACAACGUUGAUGCUUUCAUGAACAUCCGCCUGGCCCAGGUCACCUACACGGACCGUUGGGGGCAUCAGGUCGAGCUGGAUGACCUCUUUGUGACAGGCCGGAAUGUCCGUUACGUCCACAUCCCCGAUGAUGUGAACAUCACUGCGACCAUCGAGCAGCAGCUGCAGGUCAUCCAUCGGGUGCGCAACUUUGGCAGCAAGGGGAAAGGCCGGCGGGAAUUUCCCUCCAAAAACUAUAAGUGAGCCUGUCCCCUCAGCCAGCCCUGGUCCCCACUCAGGUUCCUCCAGAGUUCUACUGAGCCAAAGCCUGCUCUCCCUCCCCGCCCAGAACCUGGGAAGGGAGCAGGGCCAGCCCAGAAGCUGGUGUCUGACAGACAUCACCUGUCACAGCUGCCUUUCACAGGGUCCCACCUCCCAGACUCACCCUGGGACCCAGAAUUCUAGUUAUCUGUCUGUGGCCUUGGGGUAGAUGACAGUCCCCCCUUUGGAUCAUUAUUUAUCUGAAUCUCUGAUUUACUGGUUUAGGGAAUGUGUCAAAUAGUUUUCAACCCUCUCCCAGUGAGGAUUAUUAAAUGUGCUUGGCCUGAGCAUCCCA